AUCAGUUCAAGUCAUAAUGAAAAGCUCUCCUCAGACAUGACAAGAAAGAUCCAGAAGCCUCCAGCAUUUCUCUUGUUGAACUUUUCUGAGGAUGCAGUCUUUCAGAUUUGUGUCAAGAUUGACGCACAAAUCUUGGAAGCUGCUGCUGUCGCAUUCUCUCUUUUCCUUCGCGAAUCACAGCCUUUCCCCGCUCCUUAAUCUUUCAAAUUUCUAACAAUUAAUUGAUUAAAACAAUCUGAUUUAUUGUGAUACUUGGUUGUUUCUCUGUUGUUGUCUUUUGUCCCACAUUUCAUCUGUGAUCGAAUUUGAAGAAUGGAGGGAGGUGGUGCGGCGGCUGCUGUAUCGGCGGAGAAUGCGCCGAAAUCAGCUUCAUACACGUACUGGGUCCGGGAGGUGACCCGUGAUGCCGCACCUUUACCCGUGCCCAAGAAGAUUGACCCGACGGACCUCUGUAAUCAACCAAACCAAACCCAUCUCGGCUCCGCGUGGAAUCGGGCUGGAACAUGGGAGGAGAAAAAUCUGAAUAAAUGGGCAAGUGAUAGGAUUAAGGAGUUGCUUCCAUCUAUGAGGUCCCUGGAGUUCUCUAGUGGCAAGGCCGAAAUAGCAGAAGUCACAAGAUGCUCCGGGGAUGCAUUUUUGGUUACAGUUAGAAACAAGAAACGCGUGGGCUAUACCUAUGAGUUAACAUUAAGAGUGAAAGGGGAAUGGUGUAUUGGAGGGGAGAAGAAGAAUGUGAAAGGCCACAUAGAUGUACCAGAAUUCUCUUUUGGUGAGCUGGAUGACUUGCAGAUUCAAGUAAAACUUAUUGAAGACAAGGAUAUUCCGCAAGAAGAGCGGCAGCAAAUUUGCCAGGAUUUAAGAUUAUUUUUGCAGCCUCUUCGAGAGAAAUUGCUUCAGUUUGAGGAGGAACUCAAAGCUCGGUAGGUUGAUGAAUCCCAUUACGUACGGUGAUAAGACCGCCGGCUCGCACGACAAAUUAAUUCACUUUGCUAAAUGUUGUAGCUUUUACAAGCACUCUAGAAGCAGGAGUGUGUGUUGUUGUUCACGUCAUAGGAUCUUCUCAGAUUCUUGUAAUGGACAAUGGAGCUUGUGAUCACUUUUGUAUCCACUAAUUGGUUCGUGCAGAAAUACCGUCUAAUUUAGGGAGAAGUGUAUUUCCUGUGGUGUUCA